AUGCCGCUUACUUCUGUCCCAAACAGGCGUGUCUCGGACUCACGCUCGUUAACUCCAAUCUGCAGUGUACCACCAGUCAAAGAAACGGAACAACCAGAUCCAAACAUGGCGAAUCCACGUCUGCUUAUCAACCGUGCUCUCAUCUAUGAGCGCCGACUUCCCGGCGAUGCUUAUAUCACCGCGCACGUCCAGCGUCUUCAGCAUGGUUAUUACUCCAGCAAUGCCGUCUCGGACGAGGACGCCGAACACGUAGAUUUUCUUGCUAUCGCAUUCACCUUUCAUUCGCCACACACUAUCACACACCGCAUAAAGUCCGCCACCAUUAGUGUGUCAGUUCGUGGAAACCGUGAUCUUUCAAGUUCAAAGUUGUAUUCUUAUGGAUAUCCGCCCGGUAACCCACGCUUUCUUAUGCAUGCACCGCACCUGCUCUAUGGCACUGUUUCCCCGGAGACAAUGGAGUGGACAUUCAGUCUAGCUGGGUCUCUCGGAAUCGCGGAACUUCCUGUCAGCGCAAGCGUCAUUCCCUCGGGGAGUGUCAAUGGUCGGUAUAAGCGGUAUGAGAUGAUGCGCAUUCAAGGCUCCGCCCGUACUUUGAAAAAUCCAUCUGGCCGCAAAUUCGAUGUUGAAGCUGGGAAAGUCGUCUGGUCCAUGGAAGAGAACAAUGUCCAGAGAUCCGGUCUACCGCGCGAGUUCACGUUUGUCAUGUUGAUCCAGAAACCUGCGGCAAACAGCAAGAUUUCCCUCUCGAUCGACGUCGACCCUGUUAUCGACGCAAUGAUUGGCAGCUACCCAUCAUUGAUGCUCAAACUGCCCGAGUACCAACCUUUGCCGCGCCGAGGCGUCAAUUUCCAACAAGAAGUUGGACAGCAAUUUGAGCCCGCUGACCCGGUACGCGGGUUCAACUUUGCCGAACUCGGGAACAUGUUCGAUGAGUACAUCGCCAUGCCAGGAAGGAAGUUCAGCCGUCAGAUCCAAAUCCCACCUGAGACCGGCAUCCCUGACAAUCACUUUCAGGGCACCUACCCAGGCCAAUACGGGCCUCUCAACCCAAUCCCAUAUCAACAACAACUGCAGACCCACAACCUAGCCCUGCAGAACAACAGCCUCUCCCUACAGAACAACCUCCUGCAGUCAACCCUACAAAACCUCUGGACCACCCAGCCAAGGGGGGAAGAACCUCAAUUCCGCCAGCAGGUAUUCCCCCAGACACAAAGCCAAGGCCAUUCCUCCCCCCAAACCGCCAUAACCAUCCCCCUCAACCUCCACCUUCUCCUCGACCCAACCACCACCACAAACCCCACCCGGACAAGCCCAGGCCCCUCCCCCUGGCCCCACGUCGCACCCCAAGUCUACGACGCACGUCCGCGCGGGAAUUCCCUCUAUGCGCGGCGAGCGGGGCAUCAAACAACUCCACAUACUCCUCUCCCAGCCCAACAGACUCGAUGA